AUGUUGACACUGCCAUUCGAGGAAUCUCAUAUGAUGUGUGAGCCGCGGUUCAGUGCCAAUUAUCCCCGCGAAAGCUUACCUGAGAGCCUGGAGCAGGAGCGACAGCACAACCCGGACAGAUCCGGCUCAGACAUGAGGGAGGCCGAGGACGACAUCUCCGACAGAGAGGACGAACGGGAGGACGAGCAGGAUGAGGACGGGCUUCCCAAAAAGCGGGGGCCCCGGAAAAAGAAGCACUGCAAGGAGCCGUUCGACAGGUCCAAAGUCCGGCGCCAGGAAGCCAACGCCCGAGAGCGCAACCGCAUGCACGGCUUGAACGCCGCGCUGGAGAGCCUGCGCAAAGUUGUGCCGUGCUACUCCAAAACUCAAAAACUGUCCAAGAUCGAGACCCUUAGACUGGCUAAAAAUUACAUCUGGGCCUUGUCAGAGACUCUGAGCGCGGGGAAGAGACCGGACCUCCUCGCCUUCGUACAGACUUUGUGCAAAGGAUUAUCUCAACCCACAACCAACUUGGUGGCCGGUUGUUUGCAGCUGAAUGCGAGAAAUUUCCUCACAGACCACAACGGGGAGGUCAUGUUCUCUGGCAGAUCGCCCUACGAUGCCAUGUACUCGUACCCAGCCUCAGACAUGAACACACCCCCCGGCCACAGCGGGAGCAGCUUGGACGGCAGCGCCAAGCCGUUCAGACACUACAGCUACAGUGGCGCGUACGAGCCCUACUACGAGAACGCGUCCCCGGAGAACGUGAGCCCGCAUUUCGACGGCCAGCUGAGCCCCCCGAUGAACUUUAACGGGAUUUUCUCCCUAAAACACGAAGAUCCGCCAGACUACAGCAAAAGCAGCCACUAUGGCAUGCGCUACUGCACUGCGCCAGGGCGCACGGCUCUUGCGCAUAACUCCAUGUACCGAGUCUCCCCAGAGGCCCGUUUCCCCUACGAUCUGCACGUCCGCAGCCAGUCCUUCCAAGCACAAGGGGAAGUUAAUGGCUCUUUCCACAAUUAA